UGUCGUACAGCUUUUCGCACGCUCGCGUCGCGUCGCCGCAGAGACCCGUAUUCGUAGAGUAUGAGAGUAAGCAAUUUUCUUCCGAAGAUGGAGCGGCCCUGGGACAUCGUCGGUGCUCCAGGGAGAACGUACGACGAUGCGAGCGAGCGAAUUACGUAGUAAUUUUCGAUACUCGGAAAUUCUAAACUACUUUCUUCAAACGGAUAUCAUCUAAGUAUACAAUCCCCUUGAAAGAGCGAUGGACGUGAUGUAGAAACUUCUCAACCAACCACGAAGAUUUCAUCUCCUUCGAAAUCUCAUCUUGUAGGAAAAAUCGAAGAUCACCCUUGCGGCCAUAAAAGCCCGAGCUCCUCUCUCUCACCUUCGGCCCCGUUGCCUAAAUUUUCUAAGUUCGCUCCUCGCGCCCAGCAGCAUCCACCAUCGUGAUGGGUGUUGAAGGACGAGCGCCGCGAGCCGGCGUACGUGCAUGUACGUUCAAGUGUGCGAGGGCAGCGCGCAAAUAUCAAUCAGUGGAGUCAAGAGUGGAAUCAGGGUGGCCGAGUGGUUCCACAUAAUGCUGCAACCAGGAGGUGAGAGAGCGUAGCGCGCAACGUGUAUCUCGUAUUCGCUGGCCGGUGCAGUUCAGACAUACGCGCACACACACACAGACGUGAACCCACCGCAUACACGUAUCGGAGGCACAUACGCAUACAGGCGCGAAACCCCAUCAGCAACCCCACACGCGGUACCGGAGCAACGACGCCCGGUAGCGUUCGGUAGCGUCGUCGGCCCCACUCCCUUUCACGAAACGACGAUCGUCCACGUGUUGGUUUAUGCGUGCACCACCACGUACACCCGGGAACAAGCCGGUGUGUGUGUGGGUGGAGUGGAACUGAGAAGGCGUGCCCGGGAGGCGGGACCCGGGACCAAAAUCUUGGUGUGCAUCGGACUUCUAUGUGGGUGUUCUCCCUCUCCGUACAAGCGCCGACGGUGUGUGCGUCGUUCGUGUGAUUCUCUCGGUCUCGCUCCUUCGCUCACGUCCGUCGCUCUCGCGGCCGUCAUCGCAUGGGAGUCUCUCCACUAUCAGACCCGUUAACAGCAGUCGGCGUCGAGGCACCCGCUCUAACAGCUAACGUCUCUCCACAUCCCCGGGCUUGAGCCGGUGUUUCGCCGUUUCCGAUCCGUGUCCUGUCCGGCCGAUGGACCGCACGGAAAUCAGUGUCGCUGACAACCGGAAGCCCAGUCUCUUGCGCGACACAUAUUCAUUAUCGCAAAACAGGCAGAAGCUGUCCUACGGGGGUCCGUCUACGUGUUGACAAACAGCUUCGAGUGUCUUGACUGUGCCGGCGAAAGAAUCCCCAGUGCUUGUGCGCUAUCACGAGAGAACGAUGUUGACAACUCUCGAAAGGAUGAAGUCCGCGAACAGGUAGUCUUGAAAAAGGAUUUCAUCGAACACCCUUGGGGUUGCGUAUCUUGCUGAUUAUAAGAGAUAUCUUUUUCUUAAUGAGGCAUCCAACAAACAGUCUCGAUAAUUGUUGAAAAAUCGUUGUUUCUGAAGACACAAGUCGCCGAAGAUUAAAAAAAUCCCCCACAGACAUCUUUGCCAAAACAUCCUUGAAGGGACAUUCUGGACAUAGUUUCAUUGGAAAUCAAGUUAGGAAGGACUGUGUAUAUUUAUUUAUUGCUGAAGAAACACUUAAAGAUUGCAAGCGUGUUGGGAGAGGAGAUGCGAAUGUCGUGUGUAGUGACGCGAAAGUUGUAAAACGGUGAACGGACUCGAGGUCCAGGAUGAUGGAAGUGCAGCAGCAACACUCGCCUGUCGGGGUGGGUCCACUAGACUUUUCGAGACGAGGGGUUGCCGAGGCGUCAGCGUUUCGCGUUGUCAAGCCCAAACAACCGGCCUCGUCGCUCGUGCAUCAGCAACCGCUGCCGCCGGAAACCAACAACAACGAGAAUCUUCAGGAGAACCCGCAGAUUCCCAUCGACGAAGGAGGAUGCAAUGUUCGUUUAAUGUUCCCGAGACUGUGGGCACCUUUCGGGAAUGCCACGGAAGUUACGAGCCUGCCACCUUUACCAAAAAGUCACUCAGAACGGCUAUCUUUCGGAGUCGGUCGUCUGGUGGGUUCGCCGGCGACGAGGAGUCCCUCGCCGUCCCAGUCUCCUUGCCCGGACUCCCCUCCGCCCGAGCGCCGGGAUGCCGAAGUGGACGUCGACGUCGGUGAGGAGGAGGUCGACGUGGACGUCGAGGAGGUCGGCGACGAGGACGAUCACGAAGGCACCUCGAGCCCGCCGCGAUCGUCGUCAACGCCGUCGCCGUCGCCAGUCAGCGUCGCGACGUCGCCCGUAUCGCAUCCGCCGAAGAAAUCCGGCGACAGUUUCAGCGUGUCGGCGCUCCUCAGGCCGGACCCACCGUCCGCACACCUGCAGAACGCGUCGCCGCAUCGAGAAUCCGCCUCCAUGGGCGCCCAUCCGCCGCCGCCCGGCUCGUCGAUCCUGUACCCGCCGUUGCACCUUCAGGGCGGCCUCCUGCCGCCCCAUCCGCAUCACCCUCUCUCGUACCUGCACCCCCAGCUGCUGCCGCAUCAUCUUCUGCCGCCGCACUUGCACCCGUUGUUGCGCGGCGUUCAUCCGGCUCACCCGGGGCUACACUCGACCCACACGGCGCACGGGUUACACCAUCCUCAUCCGCUCGGCGACGUCUACAGCUGCGUCAAGUGCGACAAGAUGUUCAGCACGCCGCAUGGGCUGGAGGUUCACGCGAGGCGGUCACACAACGGUAAACGGCCAUUCGCCUGCGAGUUGUGCAACAAAACCUUCGGCCACGAAAUCAGUCUCACGCAGCACAGGGCUGUGCAUUCCGCGGAGAAAGUGUUCGAGUGCAAGCAAUGCGGUAAAGCCUUCAAGAGAUCCAGCACACUCAGCACUCACCUUCUAAUACACUCGGACACGAGACCGUAUCCUUGCCAAUUCUGCGGCAAGCGAUUCCACCAAAAGAGCGACAUGAAGAAGCACACUUAUAUACACACCGGCGAGAAACCUCAUAAAUGUCAAGUAUGCGGCAAGGCGUUCUCGCAGAGCAGCAACCUGAUCACGCACUCGAGAAAGCACACGGGUUUCAAGCCGUUCGCUUGCGAGCUCUGCGGCCGAGCUUUCCAGCGCAAGGUCGAUCUGAGGAGGCACCGCGAGACCCAGCACGCCGAUAUCAACGCGUCGCAUCGACCGCCGAUUGGUUCGAUUCCCGGACAGAACACCCUACCCAGUGGAAAUCCGCCGAUUAUGCAGUGAGACCGCGACGAGGAUGCGGUUGAUAAUCUGGCGCCGGAUGACUGAUACGAAACGACGAUUGGAGAUCGUCGCGAUGAGCGAUUCUUUUCCGCGAAUCAGGCGGUUCGGCCGGGAUGAGGAUGCAACUACGAGAAAUGAAAUCAUGAACGAUGAUCUUCGUGAUUGUCGAUGAUGGCGGAGACUAGAGCGAUAAAUUAAUCUCAUAAAUGGAAUCGCUAGUGAGGCGAUUGCAGAUUGCAUCAUGGUAGAUUGCAGGCUGGAAGAUAUUAACCUUUUGCCGUUUUGUAUUGUUUUCUGGUUUUAAUAUACCUCCCAAUUAACAGGAAAAAUUAACGUCAUUUGAGACACUUAUGUGUAAUUUACAAUAUAUAACUUGCAAUAUCAAUACGAAAAGAAUUGCAUUACAUAUAGUCUUUAAGGGGAAAAAUUUAUUUAAAUAUAUUGUUCGAAAUAUAUUACGGUAGCACAAACAUCUAGCUAGUUCGCAAGCCCUUUGUUUGAAUUUUAAAAAUAUAUUAUUUAAAAAUCUACCAAAAGGCAAAAUGUUAAUAUCAGUCAACUCUGUGCAUUAUAUUGAAGAUACAAAAUUUCAUGUAAAUUCAGAUCGCAUAACGGAUGCGAAUUUGACCGGAACAGUGCAAUUCGAGGGUAAACUCUCGGGAUGAAAUAAAAUUUGCCGGAAAGGGGGUACUGUAGCAUUUUUUUUUCUAUCGCGAGAUUUUAUUGAUCUUUUGAUAUUAAUGCGAGGAGACUGUAUAAGUUGAUAUUUAUUCGACCAUUUGUUUCACGUGCGUCGAUUGAUCUAACGCAAAUAUUCAAGGACUCUCAACUUGCAGAAUAUACUCAGGAUAAAUGGAGAAAGUGAAUUGGUGAAUCGUCACGACUAGACAUUCCAUGAAAAAAAAGCGUUGUAUCCGUUUCGUUCCUAAGUGAAGUGUGUGUGCCGGGGUUUGGUUCCUUCAGCGAUUUUUAUUCGGACGGAGAAAACCUUUUGCGGUGAGAAAUGAUAAUUUAUGAAUUACAUAACGAUACGUAAGCGUGAAAGUGAAUGGACUGACGAACUGUUUUUGUUACAAAUGGUGAUUAACACUUUCUACUUUAAUCGUCUAGCUACCAAAUCGAUUACUUGUUACUGUAACUUCUCUUAUCGCAUAGAUAUUCUCACGAUACGCAGCGCGACCGUCGAGUUAAUCGGACAUUUUUUACAAGAUCAUAAACUUUAUAAAGAUGCCAUAUAUUUGUGUUAACAAGUGCAUUCACUAUUAGUAGCAGUAGUAGUAAUGAUGACGGGCGGGACUAAGUUAGUCCCUAACGUCAUCUAGAUUUAAAAAGUUCCUCUCUUGCUCUGGUUUCCGAGACUGAGUUUUUAACCCCAGCCCAGUGUUCUGCACCAGAUCUAUGAUCUCCAAUAUAGAAUUCUGGAUCUGUAGUUUUGAAGCAUUCACUAUUAAAAGAUGAGUUUUUUUAAUUGAAAAUCUACCUAAAUAACAUUAUGUCAUUUUUAAUAUAAAAGAAAUUAAUGAUACAUAAUUUAAGACCUAUACAUUUUUCUCAUAUUACAUUAAAAUGUUUUGUUUUAAAUGUAAAUAACGUCCGAAUAGCACGAGAUCGUCGAAUGGCGUAUAACGUGUCAAAGUACGGCGAGAACGUACUUGUAUUUUGCAUAUCUCCCGCACCUGUCGUUGAAAAAAAGAGCAUCAAGACCACCAACCCCUAAAGUUGCAACUGUGACCAAAAAUUGUAAAUAGCACGUAGAUUGUAUCACGGCUAGUCUAAGCGUAUAAAUAUAUACAUAUAAAUAAAUCGAAGCUAUAAAUAUUAUAAAUAGAGAGGGCACAUAAUGUGUGUGUGUGUGCGGCGCAGAGUCGUUCCGACUAAUGGCGGCUCG